GGAAUUUCCUAUUGGGCGACGAGGGUUUCACCCAUCCCGGGCCGUUACGAUGCUUGAAUAUUCUCGAAGCGACAUGUGAAGAGGCCCGGCCAUGGCUGUUGAAAAGACCGGAAAUCACCGAGCUUAAGCCCGUUCGCCACAAAGUAUCAUGGCUGGACAUGCUAAUAAAACCAAAAAACAUUCCACCUGCCGGACUAUGAUAAAAUGUCCGUUACUCCUGAUCUGAUAACAAAAACCGCACAUUCUGCUUCCCAGAACCGAACCCAACCGGCCACCGCAUCGUUGCCGAGUCCUACCUGCAGCUACCUACGCUUACCCCUUUUCUGUUCCCACCAUGGCAACAACCACAGAUACCAGCCACCACCAAGAGCUGGCCGGCCCAGACGCCGCAGCUCCGGGAUACUACCAAGCCCAGCCAAGCACCGAAAAGGCCGCGACCGGUCCGGGCCGGGGUGGCUCGCAGCCACGGCCAUCAUCAGGUGAGGCCGCGGGUGGCCCGGCCAGCACCACCGACCACGACGCCGAGCACGACGCCGAGAAGGCCGGUAACGAUAUUACGGACCCGGACAAGCCGCCCGAGCAGGAAUUCCCCGAGGGCGGCGCCCGCGCCUGGGCCACCGCCUCGGGCACCGCCCUGAUCAUGUUCUGCACCCUCGGUUAUGUCAACUCGUGGGGCGUGUACCAGGCGUACUACGAGACGCAUCAGCUGAGCCAUCGCACGGCGGACGAGAUCGCGUGGAUCGGCUCGCUGCAGGGGUUUUUUAUCUUUGGCGUUGGGCUGGUGGGAGGGCCGAUGUUUGAUCGGUGGGGUGAGAAGGUCAUCUGGCCGGCGGCGGCCCUUUACGUCUUGUCCCUGAUGAUGACGAGCCUCUGCACCGAGUACUGGCACUUCAUGCUGGCACAGGGUGUACUCGGCGGCGUGUCGCUCGGCCUGACCAUGUGUCCGUCCAUGGCCGCUACGCCCCAGUACUUCAACAAGAAGCGCGGCGGUGCCAUGGGGAUGGUCAUCGCGGGAUCCUCCAUCGGCGGCGUCGUCUGGCCCAUCGCCCUCUCCAAAAUGCUCAACAACGAGAGCCUCGGGUUCGGAUGGUCCAUCCGCAUCGUCGGCUUCAUCAUCCUCGGCCUGCUGGCUUACUCGGUCGUGGGCAUCAAGGCCCGGCUCCCACCGCGCAAGUCGGGGUUCCUCCUGCCCGGCGCCUUCAAGGAGCCCGUCUACUGCCUCUGCAUCGCCUCCAUCUUCUUCCUCUUCAUGGGCAUGUUCACGCCCUUCUUCUUCCUCCCCUCCUACGCCAUCACCAAGGGCAUGGACGAGGUGUUGGCGGGGUACCUCCUGGCCAUCCUAAACGGCGCCUCCUUCCCGGGCCGCGUCCUCCCCGGCGUCUUGUCCGACAGGUUCGGCCGCUUCAACAUGCUGCUCGGCUCCGCCAUCGCCUCGGCCAUCAUCACGCUCUGCUGGACAAGAUGCGAGACCAACGCCGGCAUCAUCGUGUUUGCCGCCUUCUUCGGCUUCUGCUCGGGCGCCAUCGUCUCCGGCGCCAGCGUCUCGCUCGCCUCGUGCCCCAAGGACCCCAAGAACAUCGGCACGUACAUGGGCAUGGGCUUGUUUGUGUCGUCGUUUGCGGCGCUGAUCAGCCCGCCGAUCAAUGGCUCCCUUUUGACGCACAACGGCGGGUUUCUUGGGGUGUCCAUUCUCAGCGGCGUCCUGCUCUUUGUGGGAGGGGUUCUGGUGGUGGUUGCAAAGGCUCUGAGUCCCGGUGGAGUGUUUGGGAAGAUUUAAUGGACUACCUACCUUAGGUAGGUAGUUACUGUGGCGCAGACAGGUAUCAAAGUAAAAGUCACCAUGGUGAGGGUAUUCCAGACGGCAUGGCGAGGCGCUUCGGAUUGUAUGUACAAUAAAAAAAGGCAACCAAUCUCCGCUUUGGGACUGAGCAGGCUUUGUAAAACAGGUUGUAGCAUGGGGAAUACGAGCUCUAAUCUAAUACCUUCUUAGUAUCUCAAGACAACUCAUAUCAUUC